AUGUCCAGGGAGGGCCAACUGAUUAGCCCUAGCUCCAAACGCAUGCCGCCACUGAAGAUAAUAACCAGAUCUGACAGAAUAGCGUCCAUUCCUAUUAACUCCGUGAUGAACUACAAUAUGCAGAACAUGAACAAGGAGUUACAUGAACUCUUCUCCAUGCUAAAAUCUGCUGAGAUUGAGAUACAGAAAGAGCACCAAGUGUUGAUGGUCAACAAGACCACCAGUUUCAAGAAGCAUGGCAAACCUAAGAAGGGCAAUAUCAAGAAGGGCGGCAAGAAAGUUGUCGCUCCUCCUGAGAAGCCUAAGGGUGGCCCUAAACCUGAUACUGAGUGCUAUUACUGCAAUGGGAAGGGGCACUGGAAGCGUAAUUGCCCCAAGUACUUGGCUGAUAUGAAGAGUGGCCUUGUCAAGAAGAAGAAAGGUAUAUCUGAUAUACAUGUUAUAGAUGUUUAUCUUACUGGUUCUCGUACUAGUGUACUGAUAGGAUGGGAGUGA